AUGGAAUCAUUUGGAUGUCAAGGGAUUAUAUCUAAUCAAACAUGUUCAAAUGAGAAAACGAUUCAGAACAAUCAUAUUUUCAUGAAGAAUGGUAUGCUGAUACAGGAGGGAAGUGAAAGUAUAGGAACUUUGGAAAGUACAAAUAUAAGCAACAGUGUAUUGGGAUACAAUGAAAUGAUAAAAAAUAUGAACAAUCAAAUGAGAAUACAAAAGAAUGUAAAUAAUAACAAUUUUAACAUUGAAAAUUACACAAAUGGGAAUGUUACAUCAGGGAAUAAUACCAUGUUCAAUCAUGUAAAUGGAAAAAAGACACCACGAGGAGUCGAUUCGAUGGAGAAGAUGUACAAUCAGUAUAGAUGUAAGAAUCAAAUAUUUAACAAUGAAUCACUUGCUUUAGGAGCAAAUGAGUUUAACCACUUUCUUAGUACCAAUAACAAUUACAGCCAAUUCUGUGGUACGUCUUCCAUGGAUGAUAUUUGUAAGAAUGGCAACUUCGUGAAUCGAGAACCAAAUCAGAGAAUGAAUCACUUCCCUUCAAACGUUUCACAUGCAGAGAUUUUGGAGAAUCGAAACGGCACAGAUGUAUUUAUCGGAGCAAAUUGUCUGAACCCAUCUCCUUCCAGUAAUACCCAAUUUAGUUAUAAGGGCACGAAUGGAAUGGUUUCUCCUACAUUUCUAGAUGCAGGAGAGGAGGAGGGGGAGAUGAAGUCCGAGGAACUAGGGACAAAAGAAAUUACCCUAGGUAAUAACGUAACAAAUGAAAUUUUAAAAAAUGAAUUAUUGAGUAGCGAUAUUUUACAAAAUGAAAUUUUAAGUAGCGAUAUUUUACAAAAUGAAAUUUUAAGUAGCGAUAUUUUACAAAAUGAAAUUUUAAGUAGCGAUAUUUUACAAAAUGAAAUUUUAAGUAGCGAUAUGUUAAGUCGCGAUAUUGCAAACAUGAAUAUGAAUGAUAAUAAUCUUAUCUAUAAUCGUGGGUUAGGAACCCCUUUCAUGAAGAACGAUAGAAUGGGUGAAGACACGAUAAACAAGGGUACAUCUAUUAAUGAUUCUUGUGCUGACAUUUAUCUUUCGAAUGGCUAUCGAAAUAAAUCCAUUUUGUGUAAUAAUCUCCACAUGGAAACAGGUAUAAUUCAUCAAUCGUCAAAUAUAAACGUUAAUGCAUUUGCAACAGAAAUGAAUAGAAAUACUAAUAGUAUAGGUACGAUAAAAUAUACAAACAUAAACAUGGAAUAUACUAUUGGUAGCAAUUAUUACCCACUACAAAAUAAUAGGAAUUUCGCUUAUAGGAGCGAAAAUUAUAGCAGAGAAUUUAACCUGAACAGUCAAGUGAUUUUAGACAAGCAUCAUCUGAUCAAACCCUAUGGUCAAAAUAGUUACAACACAAAUAGCAAUAAUAUUCAUUACAAUGGUCUUGCAGACACUCAUCCAUAUCACACAAAAUGUAAUCCUUUUCACAAUUCUGAAAUGUAUGAUCAGAGAGUAAGGAGUAAUACAAAAAACCUCAAUCAAGUGAUCAAUCGAAAUUGUGUAGAUGGGGACUAUACGUGUGAUAAUGGUAAGUGCGGAGGGAUCAGUUAUGAAGAGAUUCCAAACCCACCAGGGGGAAGAAGUUUGUAUGAAUUGUCGAGCGAUGUACCAGAGGCCAACAGCGUAGAUGUGGCUAGCCACGAAAAUGGGGUCAGCAGUUCGAGUUCUCCAAAUGAGGUCAGCAGUUCGAGUUCCCCAAACGAGGUCAGCAGUUCUAGUUCCCCAAACGAGGUCAACAAUUCGAGUACCCCAACCAGGGUCAGCAGGAAAAGCGAAAAUCCAUAUGAUGAGAGUGAGAACCAUUGCUAUAAAAGGAACGUUCACAGCUUCAUGUCGAAGAAUGGAGAACCAUUCUACAACAAUGAUAAUUUAAUAGAGACUUGCAAUAACCAAACUGUAGGAAUGGUAACUAUGAGAACUCAGAGUAUGGAAUCAAAUAAAUGCAGAUAUCCAAUAACCACGUAUGAACAGAUAUAUGUAGAUGAUAUGACCUUAAACAACAGUUCUUUUAAUAAUGUAUAUUCAGAAGCGAAUGAAAAUAUUCCUCUUAACUUAUCUGAUCAUAUGUGUAGCAGCAUAGACACUACAAAAUCAGUUUACGAAGAAAAAGAAAAAAAGGAUUUCAGAAUUGAACAAAAAGAUCAAUAUAAUAUCCAUUUGAGUGGAAAGUAUGAAUUAAAGAAUAGUGAUAUUAACAAAAACACUUUGAAGAAUUAUGUUUGUGAUUCACUGAAGGAUCAUUCAAACUUUGUGAAAACGAAUUCUGUUAAUAAUUUAGUUACAGUGGAGAAUCAGGUAGAUGUUGUGAAUUCGGGGUUACAUCGGAAUGGUUCUGUUCACGUAGGGACGACGUUGUCGAAUUUAGAAAACGUGUUCCAGAAUAAUGAAGUGGUAUCAGAACCCAUGGCAGAUGUAGCUAGCCAUAUAAGGAGGGAGAGAAAUGUGAAUCUAUCAUGUGAAGAUAUGACUUUUGAAACGCAUCUAUAUAGGAGAAAUUUCACAAACACAGUAAGCAAAGCAGAUUAUGAGAAUGGAAAAAAAAAUGACAUUGUAACUACUGGUGGUAGCAUCAAUAAGGAAGAAGUUGCAAUGUAUGAAGUCAAUCCACAGCAUCUAAAUAAUGAAGUAAUAAUUGAUGAGAUAAGAUGUUCCAAUAUGGAAAAAACAUUUGAGAAAUUUAAGCAGAAUGAAUCGACAUGUCAGAGUAAUACAGAAUUCGAAAUUUUAAUGAAUAAUGAAAAUGAACCAUCAUUCCAAAAUUUGUCUACACACAGUAGCGUUAAUUCAAAUCAAAAUGAACAAGAGAGAAAUGAGAUCAGUAACUACCAGAAAUCACUAGUAGAAUUGCAACAAUGCAAUAUAAUCCAAGACAAUGACACUUACAGUGAAAAUUGUGAUAAUAAUGCACAUACAAAUAUUAUACAUAAAGGAGAAACAUUAAUUGGCACUAAUAAUUCUCAUUCAAGCAGUUAUGAAAAUAAUUUUAUUAGUACUGUUCAAAGUAGUAUGUAUAACAAAGAUAAUAAUUUGCCAAGCCACACAAAUAAUUUAAAGAAAUUUAAUUUUUCUUCCUCUUUCAUUCUGAGUGAUUCCAAUAUGCAAAAUUGUCGAGGUUCCUACAAUGUCGGGAAGCACAUGUUUCCUGAGUCUGUAAAUGGUUAUGCUGCAUCUACGGGUGGAAAUGACGUAAUAGUUGGUGAUAGAACAGAAGCACAAAAUGAGAGUAUACUCAUGGGAAACGGUUCAUGUGAGACUUACGCAAGGGAUAUCCAAAUGGACGAAGUGGGUGGAAUGAAUGGAGAGGAAAAGACCAUGACGAGACCCGCAUUAAGUAACAGGGGUGUGGGUGUGAAUGGAACUUAUGAGACUGCUAUUACCACGCUGGGGAAUUUGAAUUUUGAGAAUGUACUCAAUCAGAGCAAUGAAAAUAUUCAUAGGUUCAUUAGAGAGCUUAGUUUUUUUAUGAACAAUGAUCAGGUGGAAAAUGGGUUAGUUAACACUUCUGGAGUGAACAGCGAAUCUGAUAAUGGUGAAAAAUUCCAUGGGAGUGGAAAUAUGCUGAUAGGAUCCAACACCCAAAGUGUGGCCAGCGUGCAUAACAACCCUUACAACAUGGAUGUACCAAAUGGGGAUGCACCAAAUGUGAAUGUAGCGAGUGUGAAUGUAGAGAGUGUGAAUUUUUCUCAAAAUAUACCCAAUUAUAUAAUGGGGAAUAAUUAUGGACUUUCCACUUUUAACAGCUCCAAUGAGCAGCGUUGCAGUGGCAGAAGUAGAGCCAGAAACAAUAACGAAAGUAACAACUCUAUGAUGAGCAUCAACCCAAAUGAAGCAUCAUAUGAUAACAGGCGUGAUAGAGUUCAUGCAGAAAGCUGUUAUAUACAAGCGGAUGGUGGAGUAGUAUACUCUAACAACCCAGAUGGUUUUAACAAUGCAGAUUUUCUCAGACGAGGAACCUUCUUGAACAGUUCAAAUAUUUCCAUUCAAAAUGGGUAUCCUACCAAUGGAAUCGAAAUGGCCCACGCUAAGGGCAGCAGAAUCAAUGCCGGCACGAGUUUACACAACGAAAAAAUAAUGAAAGGGAACGCUUUCACAAGAGGGAAUAUAUCCAUGCAGAGCUUAUCAUGUCAUGGAAAUUUAAACAACACAAACAGCGUGAGCAAUUUAAGAAACACAAACAGCGUGAGCAAUUUAAGAAACACAAACAGCAUGAGCAAUUUAAACAACACAAACAGCAUGCGCAAUUUAAGAAACAUAAACAGCGUAAACAGCAUAGGCAACAUAAACAACAUGCUGGGUGAAGCAGUAAUUACGGGCUCUUAUAGCGAAUGUGUCGUAGGAGCUCCACCUGAUUGUGCAGGUGAAAAUUGCGAGAGAAAUUUGUCGCAUAAUGGGAUGAGCAAUGGCAGCGGUAUGAUAAGUGUGAACAUGAGUGACAGUGUUAAUACAGACAGUAGUAACACACGCCUCAACUAUUUUCCCACAGUCUCGAAUUUAAAUAAGGACAGCCAUAACAACCUCAGUGGUAGCCCGUCUAAAAUGCCCAGUGGAGAGUGCAAUCAGAGUAUGUUUUUCCAAUCGAAUUCUUACAUUUUUGGUGAUGCAUCUUCAAAUAAAUUACCUUCAAACAAUAGUGGAAUUAUGAGCAAUGAUAAGAUAAAGUUGCAAAUGAGCUUCAAUCACAUGUUAAGUAGUGAACACACGAAUUCAUUUAAAAGUUCUUACUCUCAAUUUCAACACGUCUCCAACGGAGAAUCAUACAAUGACGUCUAUCAGUGUGAGAAUGCAGAAGUAAACAGAGAAGAGAAGGGUAAUAAAGACAUCAACAAUAAUUCUAAGCUCAUUGGUUUUGCUCAUGUAGAUAGAUGUAUUAAUCCGGACAGCGAUUCUACUUCCACAAUGAACCAAAAAGAUGUAUAUACUAAUUGCAAUAGAAAUAAGCCAUCAAAAGUCAAACAAGGGGAAAAUAUAAAGUCCAGAUGUGAGGGAAAAAAUAAUAUAAAAGUAGAAAUAUCUAACAAUAUGAAUCAUAAAAAACAGCCCCAAAAAAAUAAGAACCUGAAGAGGAAACCUAAAACAUUUGGAGGAAAAGUAAAGAAAGGUGGGAUAUACUUUGAUUUAGAAAUAGAAGCACAAAGAAUUAAAAAAACUCCUCUUUGCAUAUAUUCUGUAAAAGAUAUACUUAAUAAUUAUCGAGCUAGUAAAAAACAUAUUAGAAGCAAUUCAGAGGAUGAAGAUGAGGAUUUAGUUAGAUGUACAUGUGAAAUUCAUCACAAUAUUAAUUGUGUAAAGGAAUAUGUGGAAUUUCUGAAAGAUAAAAUACAAGAAGAGGAAAAACAGAAACUCACAGAAUUCCAAAAUGGACAAGACACCAUUAGCGGGUCCUCAAAAAGAUCUAGAUCGAAGAAGCGCUCGAAGUCCAAGUCUAAAGGGGAAGAAAAUGCCAAUUUGUGUACAGAUGUAGCAAGCGAAAUAGUGACGGGGAUAUCUGAUAUUAACUAUGGAAUCAUGAAACCAUUAGGUGACAAGUGUGGAGAAAAUGAAGAGAAGCAGUGUGAAAUGAGCAAUGAAAAAAUGGAAGGAAAAGCAAAUUUGGAUGAAACAAAGUUCGAUGAAGCAAAGUUGUAUGAAGCAAAGUUGGAUGAAGCAAAUUUGGAUGAAGCAAAGUUGGAUGAAGCAAAGUUGGAUGAUGCAAAUUUGUAUGAAGUAAACAUGGAAGGAGAAUCACAUAUUGGCAGAGAGUCAUAUAUGGAUGGAGAAUCACAUAUAGGUGGAGAGUCAUAUAUGGGUGGAGAGUCAUAUAUGGGUGGAGAAUCACAUAUGGGCGUAGAAUCUUAUAUGGGUGGAGAAUCACAUAUGGGCGGAGAAUCACAUAUGGGCAGAGAAUCACAUAUGUGCAGAGAUGCAAAGGAUGAACUUAGGAGAAAAGGGAAAAUGGUGAAACAUCACAUGAACGAGUGUGAUAACAUUUUUUAUAAUAUAAACAAAAUUUGGUCUCCUAAUUUUAAUAGACCCUUGGGUGAUAUUGGAAGAAAGCUAAUUUUGAAAGAGAUUAGAGAACACCAUUAUACAAAUGCAUCUAAAACGACAAAUCUUUUAACGAACCAAGGAUUAGAUUAUGGAAAGGUUCGGUUCAUGAAAGUGAACGAGUUGUAUCAUUAUAUGUAUGCACUAGGUGUUUUUGAAUAUGCGGUGAAAAUUUCCUUAGAAUUUGGAUCCAACUUGCGAAUGAGUGUUGUAAGCCCUAAAGAAAAUUAUAAAAAUAAGUGUGCAAAUUUAAAGAAUGGAUAUUCUUAUUGUCUACUUUGCUGUUCUCAAAAAAAAGUGGGUUCAUAUGACACUUAUAGUGUUAUCAAUUUGAUUGAACACAAAAUGAUCUUAAGGAGCUACUCCAGAUUUUUUCAAGAAUUUGCGGAUCGAUAUAAAUCAAAGAAUGAGAACAUGAUAGUGCACUCAAACCUCGACACUACAGACAAUGAUUUCGUCCUUCCCAAUGACAGCGGUAAGAUCGAUGGCACCAGUUGUACCGUCAGAUACACCAACAAUUAUGCUACUAGUUUCUCCUCUAAAUUAAAUAGACACGACAUAACAACGAUGGAUUUGUUUGAAAAGAUAGAACGCUCGAAUCACUAUGCUUGUGAAGGAGUGCAAAAGCGAAGCUCAUUUUAUGAGGACUUUGUAAAAGAUGAGGAUGGACAACUGCGGAUGAGGAGUGUCAUCGAUUUGAGUAGCACGAACAGUGUGACAGGUUUGAAUAGCACGAACAGUGUGACAGGUUUGAGUAGCACGAACAGUGUGACAGGUUUGAGUAGCACGAACUGUGUGACAGGUUUGAGUAGCACGAACUGUGUGACAGGUUUGAGUAGCACGAACAGUGUGACAGGUUUGAGUAGCACGAACUGUGUGACAGGUUUGAGUAGCACGAACUGUGUGACAGGUUUGAACGGAUCUGAUUUAUUUUUCUGCAUCGAUCAAGGUGCUCAUAAGUACCUCAGAAAUACACAUAUCAAUGAAAACAAAAUAAUUCCUUUAAAAAAUGGCAAUGUGAGGGGUGCCAGCACCGAGAUCGAGGGAGUUGGAGGAGAGUAUAGUAAUGUGUUAAGCGAUUCAUUUAGCUACGAAAUAAGGGAUGUACGAAGCAGGAGAAGAGAAUGUAAAGACAGUGUUCAAACGAACAACAAUAAUAGAAGUGACAUAGAGGAGAAAGGUGAUUCUCAAGACAAGCAUAAUAGUUGUGGUAAGGAAAGAAAAUAUGAUGAAGAUAAUAACAGCAGAUAUGAUGGUGAAAACGAGAUAUGUUCCCCAUACUGUAUUUCGUGCAGGGGAUCCAUUAGCUAUGAUUCUACAGAAAAAAAGAAUAUCAACCAUAAGAGGUAUCAACUGUAUUACUAUAAAGACUAUGCAAUAUCCCCUGAGUUAUUAAGCAAUCUGAAAAUUCACAAAAAUAUAUUCAAUCCUUGUUGUAAUAAUAGAAAAGGUGAUUCUUCCAAUGGGAUGGAUCUAUCGUCUAUGAUGAAUUGUAAAAGGAGUCCAGAUUUGACAAAGUUCAUUUUGAAUAUAAUUAUGAAGAAAACGUAUAAUUGUAAUCAGGUUAACAAUAAAAACAAGUUGGUUGAAUAUAUCCACAAAUCUAAUUUGUCUUAUAAGAAUAAGAAGGAACGAUGGAAGAAUGAAGGAAAAGACAUGCAGGUAUUCUCUCACGUAUAUGAUAAAAGUAGAGAAGUGGCCAUUUCUCAAUGCAGAAACAUUUCAGAAGCUGUAAAUGUAGGAAAUUUGUAUGACUUAAUUCAGGUGAACCGGACGCACGAUGAUGAUGUUAAGCGGGAAAUGGAGGAGCUUGGGCGGGAGAGGAAAUUAAACAAAUUGGAAAAAGAAAUCGAAAUCAAAAAAGAAGGCGAAAUCGAUAAGACAACGCCCAUGAUCAGCCCAAUGGAGACACAUGAACCCACAGAAACGCAAAAAAGAACGUUGCAUCAUCAAAAGAAUGGCGAAAUACACAGGGAGGGAAAAAAAGGAAGAAAAGAAAAGUACAGAAAUGUAUGUCAUUGCAAAUCAAAUAAUUUUAAUUAUACGAAAGGUAGAUAUUCCUCUAGUGGCCCCGUAACACGAGGGGACAUCGAUAGAAUAGCAUCGCGAAUCAGGAGAAGCAAGUUAUACACAUCCAUAUUAAAAAACGUGCAUAGGAAGAUCUCUUCACUAAAGGAUAAUGAAAUAUUCCUUAACAAAAUUAAAAAACAAAACAAAAAAAGAGAAAGAUCAAGAGAAAGAUCAAGAGAAAGAUCAAGAGAAAGAUCAAGAGAAAGAUCGAGAGAAAGAUCGAGAGAAAGAUCGAGAGAAAGAGCUACAGCAAGAGCAAGAACGAGAACAAUUUACACGAAUAAUCAUUUCGAUUGUGAAGCAUUUAGAGAAUUUUCUUUAUUCCAUGGGCUUGACCUAGUCGAAAAGGAUGAUAGACACAGAGGAGGACCACUCAGAAAGUCAUUUAGUCACACAUCUCUUGCACAUUUUUUUUAUAUUCCUCUUGCAGCCCAUCGAAUCGGUACAUAUUUAUAUGAACACACAUCUCGCACUUUUAGAGAAAGGUAUAUUACCCCAUUCCAAACUUCCUUACAGAUAAUAAAAGAAAACAUAAACACAGCGAACUCAUUAAACUACAGAAAAUAUUUCCGCCAUCACACAGUAGCAUCUUUAAACAAAAGCAAGAUAUUGAUGACGAGGAAGAUGAAGAUAAGGGGACGUAGAAGGUGGGGAAAAUGUUUUAAAAAAAUAAUUGAAUUUACACGACUCUUUAAGGAGGUAUCUAAAGGGAAAAAAUUGCGAAAUUUGUCAUGCCGUAAGCAAGGCAACGAUUCAGAGGAUAUCUCAAAGGAAAAAGAAAAAGAUGACGAUGAGGGAAUCAAAUUCCAACAGAGUCCGUCCAGCCAACAGGGCCCGUCCAGCCAACAGGGCCCAUCCAGCCAACAGGGCCCGUCCAAUCAACAGAACCCAUCCAGCCAACAGGGCCCGUCCAAUCAACAGAACCCAUCCAGCCAACAGAACCCGUCCAGCCGACAGAACCAGUCCAAUCAACAAAUUCAACUAAAUGGCAUCAAAUUUGCAGGUACUCAUAUCGGAACAACCGAUGGAGAAGACAUUGACAUACCUGAGAACUCAACAAAUGACAAAGAAAAAAAUGAAAUAAAGCAAAAUAGAAAAAAAAAAAAGAAAGAUAGAUGGAAAAACAGGUCGAAAUGCAGAUGGAAAAAAAGACGGAAAGGUAAAUGGAAUGGCAAUUUGAAAAAGAAAAACGACAGGAAUAUUUUGAAAUACUUCCCUGAGUAUGAGCAGGAUAUCAAUUCGAGUGUUUCAAGAAGGAACCAAAGGAGAAGGAUGCACUUAGCACGGUGUAUCGAAAGUCUCAUGGAUGCCCGUGGGACUGUGUGA